AUGUUCAUUUCUAAUAAUGCCUGCUCUGUGCCUACCUCUUUCUGGCUCACUGGCAUCCCAGGGUUGGAGUCCCGACAUAUCUGGCUCUCCAUCCCUUUUGGUUCCAUGUACCUGGCAGCUGUGGUGGGAAAUGUCACCAUCCUGGCAGUGAUCAAGAUGGAACACAGCCUGCAUCAACCCAUGUAUUUCUUCCUGUGCAUGUUGGCUGUCAUUGACUUAGUUCUGUCAACCUCUACCAUACCCAAACUGUUGGCCAUUUUCUGGUUUGGGGCUCACCACAUUGGUCUGGAUGCCUGCCUGGUCCAGAUGUUCUUCGUCCACUGCUUUGCCACUGUGGAAUCAGGCAUCUUCCUGGCCAUGGCUUUUGACCGCUAUGUGGCCAUCUGUGACCCGUUACACCAUACCUCGGUGCUCACCCACGCGGUGGUGGGUCGUUUAGGCCUGGCUGCUCUGCUCCGGGGGGUGCUCUACAUUGGACCUCUGCCCUUACUCAUCCGUCUGAGGCUUCGCCUUUACCGGACCCAAGUCAUUGCUCAUUCUUACUGCGAACAUAUGGCUGUGGUCACCGUGGCAUGUGGGGACACAAGGAUCAAUAAUUUAUACGGAAUGGGAAUUGGCUUCCUAGUAUUAAUCCUGGAUUCACUAGCCAUCGCUGCCUCGUACGUGAUGAUUUUCAGGGCUGUGUUGGGACUGGCCACUCCCGAUGCCAGGCUUAAAACCUUAGGUACGUGCGGUUCUCACAUCUGCGCCAUCCUCGUUUUCUACAUCCCUAUUGCUGCUUCAUCUCUUACCCAUCGCUUCGGCCACCGCGUACCUCCCCAUAUCCAUAUUCUUUUGGCCAACUUUUAUCUUCUCAUCCCACCCAUCCUCAACCCAGUCGUCUAUGCUGUUCGCACCAAGCAGAUUCGAGAGAGACUUCUCCACGUUAUUAAAGCAGGGACUCAGCCCGGAUGA